AAUAAAAAAUAAAACUCGCGGGAAAAUGCAACUGUAUGAUUUAGCAUAGAGUAAAGGAACAAUUUAAGAAGAAUUGUGAGAUAAAAAAUAUAACCCCAAAAUCAACAAUGGGAUUAAGGUUACGAAGAGGAAACAUUGUAUGGGCAAGAGUACAAUACCCACGAAAAUGGUGGCCUGGUCUUGUUUUAAGCAUCAAAGGCCACUGGGUUGCCGUUUCUUUCUUUAACGACAUCGAGGACGGUCCUUGCUAUUUUCUAGAAACAGAGGUUUGUUCUUUCCAAGAGAACUUUGAAUCUCUAGUUAAGACAAUACAAAACUGUAGUAAAGGUGAGAAAUUGUUGGAUUUUGCUUUGAAAUUGAUUUCAAGAAGGGUGUAUUCGAGCUUGAAAUGUUCUUGCCAUUUCUUUACGCCUAGGAAAAAUAGGGAUGUUUUGAAGAAAGAUUUGUUUGAGAGCAAUCUGGUGUUGGGUUUUGUUCUUGAUGUUGCGGUCUCACCAUUUAUCGGAGUUUCAGAUUUGGUCUAUGCAGUCACUCUGGCUGCCAAGAUUAAUGCUUUUCGGAGUUAUGUUGUAGGUGCUUGCUCAGUAGCUCGAAAUUCUGAUGUUUCAGAGCUCGAAUUUGCACCCUUAAAUGAGGAUCAACCUAACCGCCGGUCAUGGAUAGAAAUUAAGGAGACCAAGACACAAUCAGUGUAUGAGAUGCUGAUAAUCUUGCGUUGUCUUGCUUUAGAUGCAAAAUAUCUGAGCAGAGAAUGCUUGAACACAGUGAAACAGAAUGUUUUGAAGUUCAGAAAUCUGGCAUACCAAAAUAGCUUGAUUCCUAUUGUAAAGAAAUGCUCUUACAGCAGUAUUUCACAUCCUCGGUGUGAAAAAACUCAGACAAUGGUCAAAGUUGAUAAAAACUAUUGUAAGGAUGUUUUCGCCUCCCUUGAACCUUAUGUGGCAAGCUCUAUUAAAUUCCUGGGUUGGAAGAGGCAAGUUAACCAUCCUGCUGACUCCGGUUCUUCCCUUGAACCUUAUGUGGCAAGCUCUAUUAAAUUCCUGGGGUGGAAGAGGCAAGUUGACCAUCCUGCUGACUCUGGUUCUUCCCUUGAACCUUAUGUGGCAAGCUCUAUUAAAUUCCUGGGGUGGAAGAGGCAAAUUGACUGUCCUGAUGAUUCUGGUUCUUCCCUUGAACCUUAUGUGGCAAGCUCUAUUAAAUUCCUAGGGUGGAAGAGGCAAAUUGACCAUCCUGUUGAUUCUGGUUCUUCCCUUGAACCUUAUGUGGCAAGCUCUAUUAAAUUCCUGGGGUGGAAGAGACAAGCUGAACAUCCUGUUGAUUCUGGUUAUUCUUUUAAGUUGUGCAAGACUAUGCGUCUAUUCUCAACCAAUGGAGCUGAUGUUUCUCUUGACAAAGGGAAAACUGCCAGUGAUUUAUGGAUAUCCGAUGCUUUGAUCUCAAAGCCUGUUUUCUCAGAUCUUUCUUUGAAGUUCCGCAACACCACGCCCUUUGCCUUCUGCAAUGGCACAGAUGCUUAUCUACAUGUAAAAAGAACAGGCUAUGAGGCAAAUACAUUUGAUGCUUUUUCCUCAGUCUCUAAAUUAGAGCUCGUUAUGAUCCAUGAUGCAAAUGCAGGGACAAGAAAUUACUUGCCAUCUCCUGAUACUGCAGAUCAAGUUCAGAUGGAGCCUAGUAGUGGUGAUUAUAAGACAUCUGUUGAUACCAAUGGACAAGUGAGCAUCAAUGCAGCUUUCAGAGACGGUUCUAUGGGUAUUAAGAAGCUUCAUUCAUUUGUUACUUCCGAUGCAUCAUUCAAACUAAAAGUAGUGCAGCAAUCAGCGAUCGGUGCCCUUUCCGAUUAUCAAUAUUUGCACAUGAAGUUCCCCAGGGAUUUUAGUCUUCCAUCCCAGAAGGAUUUCAUAAGGAAAUUUAGUAGAUUUGGCAAAGUAGACUCUUUGAGAACCAAAAUCUUUACGCGUUUGGGCUCUGCCCAGGUAGUUUUUUUACACCAUCUUGAUGCAGUUACUGCUUAUCAGUACUUAAAGAGGAAGAAAAAUUUAUUUGGUGAAGCAAAAAUUCUGUUCUGGCUGGACCCAUAUGAGAAAAAAAGAAGAGGAUCGAAGUUUGUAGUCUCCUUGCCAAACCUGAAGUCAUGCCUUAAAAAAUCAGAUAGGAAGCAUGGACAAGAAGAUAAGAAGCACACCAAGAAGGUCAGGUUCUUAAUGGAAACUUAGAAUAGAGCAGUGUACAGGUUAAUAGUUUUUUCUUUGAAAUGUUUAUGUAUCCCUAGCAAGAAUUCUGCUUGAAGGGUGAGCUGGACUUGUACAGGGAGCCCAGUUUCUGUUGCUAUUAGUUGCUCGUAUGUGAUAAUAGGAAACUGUCUGUUAUGUUUUUGACCGAAACGUUGUAGUACUCUAGAAAUGAAAUGGAUUUGGAAUCUCUCUCUCUC